AUGGCUCCUCAUUCACAGAUUGAUGAAGUGCGGGUAAAAUUUAUAUAUUUAGAUUUACCGACAGACCUUCAAAACAAAAUUGAAGCUCCUUUCACUUAUUUAAAUUCCAUACCAAGUAAUCAUGGUAAAGUAAGGUCAAAAUUUUUAAAUGCAUUUAAUGAAGAAUUUUUCCAAAUAAGGAAUGAAAAAAUAUUAAAUUAUUUGGAUGAGCUUAUAUCUAUUUUACAUAAUGCAUCUUUGUUGAUAGACGAUAUUGAAGACAAUUCACAAUGUAGACGAGGUUUUCCAGCUUCCUAUAAGAAAUUUGGCAUGCCAUUAACUUUAAAUUGUGGUAAUUUAUAUUACUUCAAAGCUUUUGAAUUUAUUGAUAAAAUUUCAAAAGAGGUGGCAAUUGAAACAAAUAGACAUGUUACCGAGGAAAAUUACGUACCCGAAAAAGAUGAAAAACCUAGUUUGACAACUAAGCUUUAUCGAAUAUUGAUUGAAGAAAUGAAUUAUUUACAUAAUGGGCAAGGGUCCGACAUCUAUUGGCGUGAUUUUUUACCAGACUUGAAAAAAUUACCUUCUGUUGUAGAUUAUUAUGAAAUGGUUAAUGGAAAAACAAGUGGGUUAUUUAGAUUGGCAUGUAAAUUUAUGGCUGUUCUACGAUCUGGUGGUUGCUCAAAAUCUUUCUUCGAUAAAAUUGAAACACUAGCUAAUAUAGUCGGUAUAAUAUAUCAAAUUAGAGACGAUUAUUUGAACCUUUAUGAUUCAAAUUAUUCAGUUCUGAAGGGUUUAGCUGGAGAAGAUUUAAUAGAAGGUAAAUUGUCUUUCCCCAUUUUAAUACAUUUACUUGAUUAUGAGAAGCAAUCAUUACUCAACGAUGACUCUAAUGGAUCAAGAAAAAAACUUAAAACUGAAAAACCAACUAAGUUAUCGACAGCUCGGUCGAGAAGUCAUGUUAAAGAUUUAUUGUACAAUUACAGAACCGUUGAAGAAAGGAUGAAACAACAAGAAUUGAUUCAACUAGCAAUUGAGCAACUACACGAAGAUGAAACAUUCUCCAAAAUAAGGAGUCAUAUGACAAGUUUGAGAGAUCAAUUUGAAGAAUGCCAACUUGAAUUACACGGCGAAAAAGAUUUUAAAUGGCCCAUAAAGGAAGAUACCGACCUAAUGAAAAUUGUUCACAGUCUAACCAAUUUGUAA